CCAAUUUGCAACUUCAAAGAAAAACUAGAUUCAAGUUGAUUUACCGGUGUGGUUUUGAUUUCUGUGAUUGAUAAAUCUUGAAACUCUUCAGCUUUGAGACCACAAGCAAAUCGUCUCUGUUCUUCCAUCUUCAUCUUCAAACAAGCUUUGAAUCCAUUCAUUUUUGAGGCUCGAUUCAAAUUCCUGAGGUAAUGGCGGUGGAGACUUCGGGGCGGCUGAAAGUGAUCAUAAUCCAAGGGAGAGAUCUGGUGAUUCGAGAUUUCAAAACUAGCGAUCCGUAUGUCGUCGUCAAAUUGGGGAAACAGAAAGCAAGGACGAAAGUAAUCAGCAGUAACCUAAAUCCAGUAUGGAACGAGGAACUGAACUUCACGAUGGACACGAAACACUCUGCAGUCUUGAAAUUCGAAAUGUUCGACAAAGAUCUGUUCAAGCGAGACGACAAGAUGGGGCGAGCAACGUUCAACCUUCAGCCAAUGCAGUCGGCAAGUCGGCUGAGUAAGAUUCUAGGAAUAUCGGGGGGCGAGACGACGCUGAGGAAGGUGGUUCCGGGAAUGGACGACUGCUUUCAGGAGGAAUACUCGAUACGAUGCGUGGAUGGGGAGGUGGUGCAAGAUGUUUGGCUGCGCCUCACUGGAGUUGAGUCCGGAGAGAUUCAAGUCAGAAUCAUAUACGUAGAAGACGAAAGUGUGAGGAGCUGGGGAGGAGAUGGUGCACGGUUUGCAAGCAAUCAAGGGCGUGAACAAGCUGUGCGAUGGGUGCCUCAUCGGCAAACAGAGGCGCACCCCUUUCCGUCUCAGGCAUCCUACCGCGCCAGUGAGCCAUUGGAGCUCGUGCACGGUGAUAUCUGCGGGCCAAUCAAGCUGGCGACCCCGGGCGGCAAGAUCCUGCUGCAAGCGAAAAGUGAGGUGGCAGAGGAGGUUAAGCGCAUUCAAGUGCUAGCGGAGGCCUAA